GAAUCAAGUGCGGCUCGGAAGGGAGGGGGGAGGAGUGAUCACAUUACAGACCGGUGUUUAGGCAAAGCAACCAAUGACAAUAAUAAAGAGUGGCACUUGUUUAUAUACUCCCUUGAACUCUGGUUUUUUUUAUUAUUAUUCAUGGCAACUGCUAUUCAAAGAUUCUUUGGUAAAAAGACACCAGAUGAACUCGUGAAGAAAUGGAGACAGGAAAUCCGUGCACAACAAAGAAGCAUUCAAAAGCAGAUUACAGCUAUCGAUAACGAAGAGGCCAAAGUAAAACGAUCGAUAAAACAAGUUGCCAAGAAAGGAGAUGUCAAAAAUUGCAAGAUGCUCGCCAAAGAAUUAAUACGUUCUCAAAGACACAAGAAUAGAUUAUAUACCAGUAAAGCACAACUGAACUCCAUUAUAAUGCAAUUAGAACAUCAACUAGCCACUAUUAAGGUAGCAGGGUCACUUCAAAAGAGUGGAGAAGUCAUGAAGUUGGUCAACCAGCUUGUCAAACUACCAGAGCUAUCUCAAUCUAUGCAACAAAUGUCUAUGGAGAUGACAAAAGCUGGUCUAAUGGAGGAAAUGAUUGGAGAUACGAUGGAUAUGAUGGAUGAUGAUGAUAUCGAAGAAGCUGCUGAUGAAGAAGUGAAUAAUGUCCUAUUCCAGAUUACGGAUGGUUUACUUGGUCAAGCAGGAACAGUGGGCCCUACCCUUGAAACAAAGCCAGUCGCUGAAGAGGAAGAGGAAGAAGAAG